AUGUAUCGUUAUUCACCUACUAACAGUAAAAAUCUUAUCAAAGCAGCAUCAUCACUUCUCAUGGAAAAUUCUAAUAUUCACUCACGUGAACCAGCAUUUGAUCCGCUUAAUUAUGAAUUUGAUGCUGAAACAAUGGUUGAACCAUUUACUUAUUUUCAUAAUGGUCCAACUGAAACUCGUCGAAAAGUUAAUGAAUUUUCAUCAUCAUCAUUAUCACAUUUUUCAUGGUUACCAACUCAUAAUACUAGUGUUAUAUCAUCACCAGAUGAAAGUCCACAAAGUCAUUUUUCACCUGUUCUAAAUGAACAAUUCAAUGGUAUAAUUCAAUUAAAAACUCAACAAACUAUUCCUCAACAACCGCAACAACAACAAUCUGUCUAUCCAAAAACAAUAUGUAGACAUUGUAAAAGUCAUAAUAUGCCUGAAUGUCUUUAUACAUCUCAUACAAUGUAUGAUGAAACUGGUGCUAUAUUUUGUCCCGUACUAAAAAAAUGCCAUUGUGCUACAUGUAUUCGUGUUACAAAUCCAAAUAUAAUACGUGAUGAUGAUUCUGAUGAUGAUAAUAAUAUACGUUUGCCUAUGAUUGCUAAUGAAUAUAGUCAUUUACACGGUACAUAUCCACGACAAAAUUCUUAUCGUAUGAUUAACCACAACAGUUUUUGA